AUGGCGUCAAACAACCUCCCAGUGGGAGCCUUCCUCACCUCCAUCGACGGCCGGCGCUGUACGGCGAUUCCUAGGCUAGCAGUGACGCCGAGUUCGUUAACGACCACAUCCACAACACAGCAGAUAGCCACGUUCACCACAUUCAGCACCCAGUCUCAGCCGACGAGCAGUAACAACAAUAACAACAACAGCCCGUCCACUGACAUCGUGGCCGCUCCAGCCCAGGGCGGCGAUGAAAACAGAGCUACCGUCCCGAUAUCAACGUCACUACCACUUCUAUUCCCAUCAUCAUCAUCAUCAUCAUCAUCAUCAUCGUCAUCGAGUACGACGACCCCGACCUUCAUUACCAUCAUCACAACAGCCUUUCCUACUAGCCAAGCAGGGGUCAUGCAGGCCCAAGAGAGUCAGUCCUUGGCUCCCUUGAACCCCAAUCCCGCUGCUGUGCCCUCCAUCACUGCCUUAGCAGACGAUCUUUCUUCAUCGUCCCAAUCGUCCCUGGUGCAGAGCAGUCAAGCUGAUGCCGUCAUAGCCUCAUCUUUCUCCACCUUACUAUCAUCACCUCUCGACCAAGGAGCGAGUUCCUCCGAGACCCCUUUCUUUGACGGUUCCCCUUCUACCCUCCCCAUCCUUGCCACCAGCCCCGUGGUGGCAGGCCCAGGUGUCCAACCGACUGUUGGGAACGAUGUCCCCUCGCCGCAAACGCGAUCCAACGACGUUGCAGCCUCCGUAGCGACGACAGCAGCCGAGUCCAGCGAGACUACCACACCAGCGAGUCCCAACUCGAGAGCCAUCCGCUCGACAGUAGCCGUAGCAGCCGGUGUCAUCGGCGGCGUUUUGGCGCUCAGCAUCCUGGCCUUUUUGAUCUGGUGGUGGCGCAGGAGAGUGUUACGCAAGAGGAGAAGCACGCUUUUGACGCCUCUGGAUGCACCGCCCGCGCCGUUUGGUACGGGAAGUAGGGAGAAGCCUACGCCAGGGGGCUCAGGGGGAGGUGGUGGCAAUUAUGUCAUCACGCGCGAUAGUAUCGGCCCGACGCCCGUGACGGAACGGUUGCGUGAGGCGAUUGGUUUGAAGUGGAAGAGCUUGAGGGGGCAUUGGAGGAAUAAAACCGCUCCGUCGGUUGAUCUUGAUCGGGGAACGUCGCAGUUCCUGGACGGUGGUAAAAGCGCCAACUUCAGCUCCCAGCCGAACCCCACUGCGAAGGGACGACUUCAGGGCUGGUGGUCCGGCAUAAAGGACCGCGGCAAGCCCGGCCGCUUCCCUCACUUACGUUCCCGAAGUAAGGAUGGUGACACCGGCCCGACGAUGCUCGAGAAGAGACAGAAAAAAGCCGCGUUGGGGUCGAAACCGGAUUUCCUUGCCUUACUGGGCAUGACGGGCCAGGAGUUGGAGCGCGAGACGCAGAGACGGCGGGAGAGUCUUUCACGUGCUGCUGCCGCCAACGACGACGACGGAAACAAAGAAAGUGCCGAGAACCCGUUCAGCGACGACAACGCUAUCACCAUCGCACAUCCCUCCGCCGCACCCCCUCCCCUUGCACUUGGGUCCAAGGGACCCAACCCGCCUCCUCCGGCGGCUGCUGCCCCGAACGGGAUGGGGAGGAAUCCGUUUGGGGAUGAAAACGCCAUCCGUGAUGAUAGCCAGCUUCCCGCUGUAAACCGGCCUCAAUACGCCGACCCCCGUCGAAGAAGCCAAUCCCUCUCCGGCCCUAGUGUCAGCGCCGGUGUCGGUGUAGGCCUGAGCCGCAACCCCAGCAGCGCGACCAACACCAACCGCGCCAGCAGCCGGUAUUACGCUGUCGGGGCAGGGGGAAGCCCCUACUACGCGCGUGACUCGGUCUCCUCGCUAGCAACUACUACGACGACGGGAGCGGCCGGGGGGAGAUCCAAAUUCCGCAGCGACCCGUUCGAUCUCGAACGACCCGAGUUAUUACGUCGUGCUGCGGCAUUGCAAGCCCAGUCCCAAUCUACAACAACACAAAAUAACGGCAGCAUCGGCAGCAUCGUUGAGCCUGUUCCCGUGAGCCCCCUCGCGGAGGAAGAAAACUCUAACCUUGACAAUGAUGAGGGAAUAGAAGUGAGGAGACCGGAAGUGGCGCGUGUCGCCAGGGCGGCUAAGGUGGAGAGUUAUACAAGUAAGUAUUCGAGUGGGGUGAGUAGUGUCACGUUGACGGCUGGGAGGUUUGCGGAGUGGAGGGAGCCUGGGCCGGAUGUUGGGCCUGGAUCGGGGGCACUGGGGAAUAGUGGGUGGGGGGUUGAGGUUGGGAGGGCGAUGUGA